ACGGUAUUAUCAUAGUCUGGGGUCUGGGACGUUAAUUUUGACAGAUUUAUGUGAAGCCACGCCUAAUAUCUGGACGCUGCUGUUGUAUUGGUAGGAAGCUCAGUGCACGCAGGACCGCAUUGGCUGUUUUUUUUUCUUUUCGGUUUUUUUUUUUUCAUAAGGGUCCCAAACUACACCGAGAUUUGGAAUAUUACGUUACAGUCCUGCAGGAAAAUGGCGACUGUCAUUCAUAAUCCAUUAAAAUCGCUCGGUGAUCAGUUCUACAAGGAGGCCAUCGAACACUGUCGGAACUACAAUGCUCGACUGUGUGCUGAGCGCAGCGUUCGGAUGCCUUUUCUGGACUCUCAGACCGGCGUGGCUCAGAACAACUGCUACAUCUGGAUGGAGAAACGCCACCGGCAGCCAGGCCAGGCAGCAGGACAGAUGUAUACCUACCCUGCUCGCUGCUGGAGAAAGAAGAGGCGACUCCACCCUCCUCUGGAUCCUCAGCUCCGCCUGUGUGAGCUCCGACUAGAAGCUGAACUGGCCCCGAAGCGUGAAGGUCCACCAGGGGAGGCCACGGCGCUGGAGGCCCUGCUGAGGAACGACAGUCUGCUGGAGAAGAAGAACAACCUCAGCAAGGAGGAAGAGACUCUGCUGGAAAUACAGAGAGUUCUGGAAGCUGAAGAAAACGGAGACGGUUUCCAGGAUGAUGAAGACUUUGAACUGGAUACUCCAAAGAGAAAGAACAGAAACAGAGGAAAAAGCAGAGGAUCGAGUCGCAGAAGGACAGAACCAGUUAACAUCGACGACCAGGACAAACCUUACAUCUGUGACAAUAGAUACAAACAAAAGUAUAACUCAAAAAAGGCUGAAGAAGUCUGUGGGAAGCGCUACAAGAACCGACCUGGCCUGAGCUACCAUUACACUCACACUCAUCUGGCCGAGGAGGAAGGUGAGGAGGAAAAGGAAGCAGAGACGGUUCCGUCUUCUCCACAGAGCACCGACAACCACAAACCUCAGAAGGGCCCCGACGGCGCCAUCAUCCCCAACGACUACUGUGACUUCUGCCUCGGAGACCAGGACUCCAACAGGAAAACAGGGCAGGCCGAGGAGCUGGUGUCCUGCUCCGACUGUGGACGUUCUGGUCACCCAACAUGUCUGCAGUUCACGGAGAACAUGAUGCAGGCGGUGAGGACGUAUCAGUGGCAGUGCAUCGAGUGCAAGUCCUGCAGCCUGUGUGGAACCUCAGAGAACGACGACCAGCUGCUGUUCUGCGACGACUGCGACCGAGGAUACCACAUGUACUGUCUGAAGCCUCCGAUGACCCAACCUCCUGAAGGGAGCUGGAGCUGUCACUUGUGUCUGGACCUGUUAAAAGACAAAGCCUCAGCCUUCGGAGAAGCGUAACAGCAGCAUGGACACACACAAAAUACAUGUUUAACUGGUCGACAAACCCACAUGUUAGCAAAAACUGUCUCUCAGAUGCAAACACAAACACACAGUGCAUUAGCAGGCUCAGGCUCAGAGAUCCUCUACCUCUCAAACAUCCAAGCAACAGAUGCCAUCAGCGUUCAGUCAGUCAGCCAACAGCAGGUCUGCCAGUCGGCCACCGCUCUACCUCACCACUCAGCAGGCGGCAACAAGCCAAAGCAACAUAAAGACGGCCAACACUGUGUCGUACGUGUGUGUGUGUGUGUGUGUGUGUGUGUGUGAAAUAUGUGUUUAUUCUAAUCAAACGUCUGAAAACUCUCUGGAUGUUUCCAGUGCGAUCUGGAAGGCGGCUUCCUUCCCUCGCUGCUCGACAUCUCCGGCAGGAGAGACCUGACUUAUGUUUGUUUAAGUUUUCCUUCCAGCUCCACUCCUCUGCUGUGUUUAGACUCCACAGUGACAUUCCUCUUUCAUAUCUGGACAGGCUCAGCGUUAGUUAUGCCAUCUUUCACAGGUUUUGUCAAGCUUCGGUGAGAUUUAUGUCCGGCUCCGAGAGGAAAUGAGGCAGUAAAACAGACUCAACUGUCAUUGUUUUUUGGAGCUCGGUGACAUUUUUAAUCCACGUCUGUUUUGUGUAUCCUCACAGUUACCAGGAUACUGAGGUGCUCAGUGAGACUCUUUACAAAGGAUUUACCAUUACUGUGCAUAGAAUUAUACACUUAUUUAUGUGUUGCUGAUAAAACUCCAGUGUUACUGUCAAUCAGUGGUUCCCAAACUCUUUCUGUCAUGCCCUCCUUUGAAAAAACACCACCAACACACAUUGUCUUUUCUUUGCUUUUUUAAUAAGUGGCAUUAAUGUAAACAUCAUCUUGCGUUUCCUACCUCCACAGUGCUGUCAGUGCUGUAGAAUGGUUGACUGCACCUCACUUUCAUUCUGCUACACUGACAUAAGAUACUCCUGCUUGUUUGCAUUUCUUUAAACCAAUCACAGACAGUUUUGGGUGGUGCUAAGUUAAGGAUGCAGCUUCAGUGUUCCCUCGAAAUAGUGACGGGUGGAAUUGUUUGGGGAAGAAGAUGAGGACUGUUCAUAAAUCCACAAAACGACCAGCAAGCCUGCCUAACUGCAUGAUAAAAAACUGGACAUUUUCAGUGUGUAUGGAGCUGAUAUACAACUCAUGUGAAGUUAACAAAAACCUGAGCAGAUUCCAUGCAUCUUAGUAAUUAUUGAAACAAGGGAACUUCAGUAGGGGUUGUAUUUUUUCAGAGCUAUAGAUAAGUAUUGGUUUUCAAGGAGACUGAUAUGCAUUUACAUUAAAAAUACAAAUCUUGGUGUCAGAAUUUAGACAAAACUUAUAACAUAGUAUAGCAACCUGCUAAUCACAAAGCAGCCCCACUCUAAAACAUACACUAAUUUAUUGUGUGUUUUCCUUUGCAUGGAGUCAUAAUAUACUAAAUGGACACCAUUUUCUAUUGAAGGAGACUUUAAACCCAAGACUGAGACCAUAAACUCAUAUAGGUAUCAGAUCAAGUAAGGAGACUCAUUUUCUCAUAGACUUCUAUUCAAUCUGCAACUAGAGGAGUCGCCUCCUGCUGGCUGUUAGGAAGAAUGCAAGUUUACUUCACUUCUAGGUCCAUUUUUAUUUACUGUCUGUGGGGUUUCUCUUCACAUUUUAAUACUUCUGCACUCCUACAGUCUGGGAACCACUGCUGUAAAUUAAUCAUUGCGACAUGUGUAUGACCAAACCUCCAUGCUUUACAGCAGUAUUUACUGGUGCGUCCUGUCUUGAAGUUUAUUUGAUAUGAUUUCAUUUUAUGCAGUUAAAACCAGAUUAUAUUCUGGAUAUUCUGCAUUUUGUAUAGCUGUGUGAAUAUGUUUUGUUUUUUUUUUUACUUUGUUUUUAUGAAAGAUUGAGCACUAAACUUCCAUGUAUGUUUUUGUAUUGAGCAAAAUUUGGCACUGCUUUCUAAACACAAAAUUGAUCGUAAAAAGAAGAAACACCACGAAUAAGCUCAAAAAAAUUCAAAAGAAAACACCCUCAACGUACACGUGGUGUGCAAGCCUUGACAGGAUUUCACAUUCUGCAUUUGUGUUUUUGUUGUUGUGAUGUAUUUUCCACCGACAAUCAUGAGCUAGCAUAGAAGCAUUAUGUUAACAACGUACAGAAAGUCUCGUGGUUUUUUGUUUUUUUUUUAAUGGCUGGUGUUAUGGCCUUUUGCGGCUUCCUUUUCAGAAUAAAUGUCACUUUUUAUUGGAUGCCAUCGCCCACAGUGAUUCGACAUGUGUGUUGUAUUUUUAAUAAAUGGUAAUUUUUUUGUUGAAAUAAAAGAUUUGUCCAUAA